CACAUAAGUGUAUAACAGAAGUUUCCACAGGGAGUGACGAGUCCAUUGAGGUUUAUUUUGUUAUCUUAUGCAAAUAUCAUUAUUUUAUUUAUUUAUUAUUUAUUAUGUGUCACAAGUUCACAACCUUGUUAUUCUUCCAAGCACAAUAACAAAAAACAAUAAUUAUAUAAUGUUAAAACGUUAUAAAGUAUCAUUGUUUAUGAGGCUCAAGGGCUAUAUAUAAUACCUUAACCUCCUUGUUCUUAUAUUCUUGUUCUUAGCUACUACUCUAUACCUUUAUCAUUUUAUUAUCCCUUUAUUUUUACGACCAUAUAAUAAAUUAUGAAGCUUCUUGGUUUUUUAAUCUUCUCCAUCUUCAUCCUACAGGACUUUAGUGAGGCCUUAUCUGCAGCCAACAUCACAGGAAAUUCCAUCACCAAGGAAGAAAUUAAUGCAGGAUUUCAAAAGAAAUAUUUUGUGAGAAAUAUGAAUUGCAACCAUGCUUGUGCGAUGAGAUGCACAAGGUCAUCAAGGAAGAAUUUGUGCAAUAGGGCAUGCAACAGUUGCUGUUUUCAGUGCAAAUGUGUUCCUCCUGGUACUCAUGGUAAUCACCACCUCUGCCCUUGCUACGCCCGCCUCAGGACCCAUGGCAACAGGCCUAAAUGCCCUUAAUUUUAACUUAAUACUACAUAAAUCAUAUAUGAUUUAGCUAGUGUUAUCGUUAAUUUAGCCAUUGAGGCUAAUUAAAGAAUCAAUAAUGUAUUGUACUAUUUGUAUACUACAAGUAUUAUCGUUUUGGUGUUAGAAUAAUGUGUUGGAUCUAUGUAGUUAUUAUAUUUACUGAGCUGAAUUGUAGCUAGGUAUUAGAAAUAAUGUGUUGGAUCUAUAUAGUUAAAGUAUAUUUACUGAGCUAAAUUGUAUAA